AUGCCUUUUAAUUAUUUUUUAUAGCUAUAGACAUAUAUAUUGUGACUUGAAGACCUUUCCAUAGGAUGGCCACUUCAAAUGGCAAAGGUGAAAAAGUGUCCAAAUUUGAGAUGCUGAAACUUUUGGAGAAAUGCAGGAAAGAAAGGGACGAUGCCAUGCACAAAGAAAGCGUUCUCAGAGAGAAGCUCAGGCAGUAUGAGUCAAGGAUGCGUUCAACAGAGGCUAUGAAACAGAAACUGAAGACUCUGGCUCUGGACAACAGGGAGCUGAGGAAACAGGUGAAGGCUCUUCGUACUGAAAUUGGACUUGAGUGCAGCCCUAAGUUCAAUGGAAAGACCACCAAGGACAUAAUCAAUGACUUGCAUGAAAAAGAACGUGAGUGCAACUCCCUGGUGGAAAAGGCUGGAAAACUGAGUCUGACCAUUGAUGGCUUGACCUCAGAGUUGGCAAAUACAGUCACCUCUAAAACACUUUUAGAGGAUCAAGUACAGUCAUUGCAGCAAAAUCUCAAGGAUAUGACAAAUAACCAGCGUCGUCUGCUUAAGUUGUGGGAAGACAAGAAGUCCCAGAGGGAACAGCUUGCCCUCCCUGCAAUAAUACAGAAACCUGGACUGAAGCCACCCGUCCAUAAAGCAGUUCAAACCGACAUGUCCAUCAGUUCCACUCAAAAGCUUCCAGCCAAUGCUUUUGAGAUAAAGCCAUUUUCACGGGACAGUGACAAAAAUACUGUUUUGGAUAAACACAGUUUCCCAUCUUACGGAAACGGCUAUAGUCACGGAAAGAAAGCUUUCGUGCAUGAUGAAGCUAAAGGAAUACAGAACUGACUUCACUGACAGCUACUGACUCUGCACUUGAGAUGGCAACUAAUUACUGGACUAAUGUUACAUAAU